GGCUUCAGCUGUACCACAUGCAAACAUCUGAGAGUCUCAGUACUUGAGCUCUGAUGUUAGUGGGGAAAAUCCGUGCUACUCUCUGCUGGUUGCCUGUUAAUGCUGAUUGAGUGUCUCUCAUUUCUGACAGGAGUCACUUUCAGAGAAUACAGAACUCUAUAAACUGCUCCCUCUGUGUUUCAGAGCUCCUCAACUGAAAGUAUUCAUGCAGCAGUGCUGUAGCAUUUGUCACUGUACAGAGUAACCACUGCUUCCUAAUACAAGUUUCCACCUAACUGGUCCUUCUGAGCCCCCAGCUGGCCAAGCAGCUUCCACUGGUGGUGUGGGAGGAUGGAUUGUAGGAGAAUAGAGAUAGAGCUCAAGGCAAUCUCACCGCUGAGGAGUUGCAGCUGGACUAAUUACCAAAGAGUAGGAACAGGCCUGCCCUUAAUAGAGCACAGCUGUGUCCAAUAAGGAUGGUCCAAUAAGGAUGGGUGUUAUAAAAGGGUGGGUUAGCUAAUCAAGAGAGAGUUGGAAUCAGUUAGCUGUGCUGCUGUGAGGGUGAGGUGGUUGUGCUAGGGACAGUAAGGGUUAGUAUGUCUGCUAGGGACAGAUGGGGUCGGGUGUUUGUGCUAGGGACAGUAAGGGUUAAGUAUGUCUGCUAGAGACAGGAAGGGUCAGGUGUUUGUGCCAGGGACAGGAAGGGUUAGUAUGUCUGCUAGAGACAGAUGGGGUCAGGCAGUCGUGCUAGGGACAGGAAGAACUCAGCCAGCUGUGUAGAAGAAAGGGAAAAGGAGUCAGUGUUGCGAGAAGCUACCUGUGAGAACUCACAGAGAGCAGGUACGAAAGUCUUGCAGUAAGGUAAUAAACUAAUGGUGACAGUCAGUUCCCAUCUGCCGUCGAUUGGUGCCAGGCACCGGUGCCAACAAUUGGUGGCCUGUACAGGAGGAGUUCCAACUUGGUGGCUCUUUAGGAUUCAGGAGCUUGUGGAACAAGUUAAAGGAAUAGCAGACACAAAUGGCUUUGAGUGAAAAGGUCUGUAUGAUUGUUUUCUUGAAAGAAAGCAUAAAGUAGCUGAAACCUAUUCAAGAAAGAAGAAUUUGGCUCAAAAAACACACAAGAUAAGCACUUUUAUAACUUUGGCUAAUAUCUUAAACUAAAGCUAUUUGAAAGGGGUUUUUUUCUGAGUGGCAUGAAGAAUGAAGAGUAAUAUGGUUAAAACGGAUUUCCCUUACACAAGUUAUAUGAAAGGUUGAAUAUUUCAUUCGUUUUAAAUCAAGUCAUCCUCCUGUCAUUAGAAAUCUCAGAGGUUCAGCAUUGUAGAAGGAUUUAAAGGUAGCACUUCAACAAUAAUCGGAUUAGAAGGACUUGCAUAGCUCCAUGGUCUAAAAAAGAGAUAAAAGAAACCAGAGUUCAAGCUUGCCACAAAGCAAGGCAGUGAGUUGUGUGGUGCAGAAUCAACCCACGGUUCUGAGCCAGUGAUUUUGGCAAUCACCUGAAGCAGGGAUGCCUGCAGACUUCAAUGGGUACUGGAAAAUGGUCAGCAAUGACAAUUUUGAGGAGUAUCUGAAAGCACUGGAUGUAAAUGUUGCUGUAAGAAAAAUAGCAAACUUACUAAAGCCUGACAAAGAAAUCCUUCAGAACGGGGAUCAUAUGAUCAUUAAAACGCUAAGCACUUUUAGAAACUACAUCAUGGAAUUUGAUGUAGGGAAGGAGUUUGAGGAGGAUUUAUCUGGGGUGGAUGAUCGCAAGUGCAUGACUACUGUGUCUUGGGAUGGAGAUAAGCUGCUUUGUGUACAGAAUGGAGAGAAGGAAGGCCGUGGCUGGACCCAGUGGAUUGAAGGGGAUGAAAUGCACCUGGAAAUAAGAGUGUGUGGAGUCACAUGUAAGCAGGUCUUUAAGAAGGUGCAGUGA